CUGGUUGUCAGGGCGAAAGUAUCUCCAACCCUCUUUGUUUGUCUCCACUGCUGACCCGUUCCUCUUCUGCGUCUUUGUUAAACCGUAUGCGGGAAAGUGUUGUUGUGUAGAGUGGAGAAGGGUUGGAGGUGGACAGGGCAGGGCAGGGGGAUUUGGGAGAGGAGGACACGGUAAACCUGGAUUAAAAUAUACCCGGGAAAGGAAUGGGCUCUUAUUGCGAACAGCAGUGUACAGGGGGCUGUGCAAAGAACGAAGAGGAGGAAGCCACUGGCUCGGAGGAGGAUCUGGGUUCGUCUCGUGGCAGCGGCGUGUGUAAAUGGUUCAACGUCCGGAUGGGUUUCGGGUUCCUGUCCAUGACCAACAGAGAUGGGACACCGCUCGAGGAGACUGUCGAUGUAUUCGUUCAUCAGAGCAAGCUGCACAUGGAGGGCUUCCGUAGCCUGAAGGAGGGCGAGGCGGUGGAGUUUACCUUCAAGAAGUCGUCUAAAGGCCUAGAGUCUGUCACGGUGACGGGGCCAGGGGGAGCACAGUGUGUGGGCAGUGAGAAGAGACCUAAGGGGCAACAGAAACGACGCUCCAAGGGGGACAGAUGCUACAACUGUGGAGGACCUGACCACCAUGCCAAAGAAUGCCAGCUACCUCCUCAGCCCAAGAAGUGCCAUUUUUGCCAGAGCAUCAGUCACAUGGUGGCCAACUGUCCAAUCAAAGCACAGCAGUCCUCCCCUGGCGUUCAGGGAACAGCAUCAUCACUGAGGGACGAGGAAGAGGAGCAGAGCCAUGCCCCCUUUCCCCCCAGGGAGAGCUAUGAUUGAUCGAUUCAGGGAUUCAUCCAAUCAAAAGGUUUCAUUGGAAUGCUGCUUUUGGAACUAUAUCAGGUUGUCUUUAUUUAUCGCACAAACAGCAAGAAAUGUGUACUUUUAUUGAUGUGAUAGUUGAGAUUGAGAGUUAGCUCAGUGUUUUAAUUGUAUUUUCCCUGCUGCAGCCAAAUAAGAGGUAGUCUAUGUGGAUUUUCCUGGAGAUGAUUGUGAGUGCUCUGCUCUCUCACUGUAUACCAUGUUUUCCCAAAAAGCUUUUGUUAGAAAAAGGUUAAGGAAAUACAAUCAUACAAGUGAAUGUACAGAUAUAGAUGUCCUGACUCUAAGACUGUUUCAUGGACAAAAAGGAGUGUGUCUUUCUGCUUAUUGAAAUCUUCAGGUAUUAUAAGUCGUUGUGCAUUUCUAUGGCCAAGUGAAUGUUUUAACCCUUUCUGCUGUAUGAAUGUUGGUACACCAUGGUUGCCGAUUGGACUGUGAACUAUACAGCUUGUCAUAAGUGCCAUAGCCUGUUCAUUUGUCUCAUGGGUGGUUGGAUGUGGCCCCCUCCCUUGCAUGUUACAAAGCUUUGACUCAAGGCUAAAUGCGAGCCCAGCGUUGAUUGUAUGACUGUCUGUCUUUCUGUCCGCCCGCCCGCCCGUCCGUCCGUCCGUCCGUCUGUCUGUCCCACAGUUUUUACUAUGGAUGUAAACAUGGCUUUCUAACACAUUCUACAUAUCAGGGGUGUUCUCAUACACUGCCCAAAUACAUUACUUGUUUCUCA